AUGGCUGAACUGAGCAGGAAAACAGGCUUAAGUCGAAGGAAAAUCUCGGAGUUUUUACACCAGCAAGAUGUGUACACGAAGCACAAACCCCUUGUCCGUAAGUUCAAACGGAGGAGAAUUUAUGUCUCGCACGUCGACGAUCAAUGGCAGGCCGACUUAAUGUUUGUCUAUAAGUUCGCCAGAAGUAAGUAUAAUGAUGGCACCAAAUACUUGUUAACAGUUAUUGACUGUUUCAGCAAAUAUGCAUGGGCUAUUCCGCUUAAGGAUAAAUCAUCGAAUGAAGUAACGCAGGCGUUUAGAAAGAUCUUCAAAGAAAGAAUGCCUGAAAAGAUUCAGACAGAUAAGGGCUUAGAGUUUGUCGGUGAAACAACUCAAAAACUGUUUAAGGCAAAUAAUAUCCAUUGGUUCACAACUGAAAAUGUUGAAAUAAAAGCGGCAAUGAUCGAGAGAUGGAACCUUACGCUUGGGAAUAAAAUUAAGCUCUACUUAUCCGAAAACAACACGGAGAGGUACAUAGAUGUCUUGGAUCAAUUAGUGAAGAACUACAACAACUCCUACCACAGAAGUAUAAAGAUGACACCGGUUGAAGCCAGUAAAGAAGAAAACAGCGGAGAGGUGUAUCGUAACCUGUUCAGAGAAAAGACCAUACGCAGUCCUAAAUUUCAGGUAGGAGAUAAAGUAAGAAUAUCAAUAUACAAGUCCACCUUCAGAAGAAGUUACCAAGCGACUUUUACGGAUGAAAUAUUUGUCAUCUCCGAUGUAUUGAAAACCGAUCCAAUCACCUAUAGAGUAAAGGACUUAAACAAUGAAGACGUGAAAGGCACCUUCUACGAAAACGAACUGGUAAAGUAUGACAAGAAAGACGACGUGUAUAGGAUUGAGAAAGUAAUCAGAAAGAAAGGGGACAAAUAUCUAGUAAAAUGGUUAGGCUAUCCUGAGGUCAGUUGGAUCCAUAAAAACGAUCUUCUUUAA